CCAGUUUCCUCCCACGUAGCAAAGAUCUGUGGGUUGUGAGUAGAUGUGAUGAUGACAAACUCAACUUCAGCUUCACAAUUUAAAGGCAUAUAGCAAGCAGCCCCUCCAUCAAAAUGCCUGAAAAUGUAGAAAAUCAAAGAUUUCAGCUUCUCGCAAGCUCAUGCUUAAGAGCUUGUUGCUGGCAAAAGCGAAAGAAGAAUUAGAGCAAGAAAUGAUGGAAAGAAGUGAAGAAAAAGAAAGAUUUCUUGGAGAACGGGUCCCACCUGUAAAGAUGGCAGGCCUGUCCUUUAGUCAACUGCAGGAACUGUGCCGUGAACUUCAUGAGAAAAUACAUGUAGUGGACGAAGAACGAUAUGAUAUUGAAGCCAAAGUGUUACAUAACAAGAGAGAGAUUCAGGACCUGACUCUGAAAGUUUUGGAUCUCAGAGGGAAGUUUAAGCGCCCCACCCUUCGCCGGGUUCGUGUCUCUGCUGAUGCUAUGUUGAGGGCCUUGCUGGGAUCCAAGCACAAAGUAUCCAUGGAUCUCAGAGCCAACCUGAAGUCAGUCAAAAAGGAAGAUUCAGAAAAGGAACGUCCAGUUGGAGUCAGUGAUUGGCGUAAGAAUGUGGAAGCAAUGUCUGGAAUGGAAGGCAGAAAGAAAAUGUUUGAUGCUGCUAAAACUCCAACUGGACAAUGAUUUUGCUUCACGAGGUUCAAGUCAAUGGUAUCUCCAUUCCCAUUAUCUCCAGCUUUACAUGCUUGUAUUUCCCUGCUUUUGAAGAGAUCCAGAAUUGCUUGAAGAAAACAUUGGUUACACAGGAGGAAAGACAAUGAAGAAUACUAUUUUCAGACAAUUAAUGUAAAAUGAGUUAAUUGACAAACUACUACGGUUUUCUGCAUCAACUGUAAAUUCAAAUGAAA